GAGGAGGAGAUGGGAAGGCCUCCUUGCUGUGAGAAGGUUGGCAUCAAGAAAGGUCCAUGGACACCUGAGGAGGAUAUCAUUCUUGUUUCUUACAUCCAAGAACAUGGUCCAGGCAAUUGGAGAGCAGUCCCAACCAACACUGGGUUGUUGAGGUGCAGCAAGAGUUGCAGGCUCAGAUGGACUAACUAUCUCAGACCAGGAAUCAAGAGAGGAAACUUCACGCCUCAUGAAGAAGGGAUGAUAGUUCAUUUACAAGCUUUAUUGGGCAACAAAUGGGCAGCUAUAGCUUCUUACCUCCCACAAAGAACAGACAAUGAUAUAAAGAAUUACUGGAACACCCACUUGAAAAAGAAGCUCAAGAAGAUUCAAUCAGCUGCUGAUCAUCUUCAGUAUCCUCAGGCUCACAAUAAUAUAUUGGGAUCUUCUAUGUCAGACUCCACCGUAAGUAACUCUAAUCACAGGAAUAAUGUUAAUGACAUCACAAGCCAUGCCUCAACAGCAACAACUCUCAGUCUCAGGUCCAGAAACCAGUCAUCCUCCUCCUCCGGGGGCAUAUAUGCCUCCAGCACCAAGAACAUUUCGCGACUCCUUGAAGGAUGGAUGAGAACCUCCCCAAAGAGUAGUAACGCUAACCUUGUACCCAAACCAUCUCAACAUCAUGAAGAAAACCCAAAAGGUGGCCACGACCAAGAUGAAGGCUGUGAUCAUGAUCUUCUAUCUAAUGAAGCAUUCGAAUCGAUUUUUUCCUUUGACAACUUGAAUAAUGUUAAUCCUGCCUCCUGGGACAGGUCUAGUACUACUAAUUGUGAGUCGAGUUCUAUCAAGCAGGUGCUUCAAACACACAGUGGUAUCACAGCUGGCAUUCAAAGCGAGAAAGAUACGCACAUCACCAGAGCCUGUGAAGGCAGCAACACUCCUCCAUUAUCAUUUCUUGAGAAAUGGCUUCUGGAUGAAAGUGCUGCUGGACAAGUAUUAGAGGAUCGAAUGAUGGAGCUGUCUCCAAUUUCCUUGGUGUAA